AUGGUGUUUGGCCAGUGCGAUGCCUAUGCGCAGCAUGGGGAGGCGUGGCCCCCCUUUUUCCUGAGGCGCCGCAGCCCGGUCCGCGAGGUGCUGGCGGCUCAAGGGCUGGUGCUGGCCCUGUGCGAGUCGGGCGUCUGCACAGCCUUUGACCAAGGCACCGGCGAGCCUCUGUGCUUCCUGAACGCGGAGGCGGAUGAGGUGAUCCGCUCCCUCUUCCUCAACCAGCACACGCUCAUCACCGUCAGCAUCUUCAGCGGCGACGCCCUCCAGGGCCUCAAGGUGCGCGCCACGCCGCUGACCGCCAUCCGGGCGGGGCGGCCGCACCCGGCCUGGCGCCCGCUCUUCACGUCUGAGGUGCUGUGCUGGCCUGGGUUUGUGGAGUUUGACGACGUCAACCACGUCGCCAUCACGUGCUGCGCGGAGACCAGGGAGGUCGGCGCUGCUCAGUUCCCCGCCCCCGAAGCCUUCAUCCACCUGCCCUUCAACCGCCUGUUCCUGGCGUUCUGGGGGGCGCACGGCGCGCAGCUGUGGAACUUCCAGGGGGAGCGGCUGGCCACCCUGGCGGGGGCCGCCCUCUCCACCACCGCCAACACUGUGUAUGUCAGCAACACCCAAGACUUGUUGUUUGUGUACUGCCCACCAGCCAGCAGUACAGCUCCAGACAGCGCCCCCCCCGGCGGCCUCACAGCAGCAGGGCAGCAGGAGCGGGGAGCAGCAGACGGCAGGGCUGGCAGUGCUGCACAAGGCAGCGGCGGCGGCAGGCAGGACACGACGCACCUGGGCUGUGUGCGGGUGUUUGACCUGCUGACUGGGUGCCACGUGGCGGCAGUGCAGCAGCCGGAGCAGGCAGGAGGGGCACACCCGUUGGGCCCCGCUGGCAGCAGAAGAGGCGGCCAUCCCACUGCUUCCGCAGUUGCUGCUGCUGCGCUGAAGCAUGUGACGGCGCUGCUGUAUGACCAGGCCAGCCACCGGCUCUACACGGGGACGGCAGACGGCAAGGUGCAGGCCUGGGGCCUCUGA